AUGCUGUCCACCAGCACUGCUGCAUCAUUGCGCUUGCAAAGUCGCUUCCUGCAACGUCAUACUAGCCAUGAAUCACUUAGGAGACUAGCUCGAGCCUCAGAGAGCUGGUCGACACUUGGUUGCAUCAGCACAAUACUUUUAGCCAAGGAUCCAUUACAUUGCCGCACAGCAUCAUUACCCUCCUCAUUACUGGGACCAAUCCCAUUGCGUUCGCGGCGAGCGUUUACUACAGCACCUCCUCGAUCUUCCCAACAGCCCUUUCAGUUCCUCACAGCAUACGCAUUCCAAGGCAAGCCUCGAUAUCCGGAAGAGCAGCCACAAGAAACUGAUUCUUCUUCCUCGUCUGCAUCAGCGAACGACCAAGAUGACUCCUCGCCAUCAUCAUCAACUACAUCUGAUGCUGACGCACCUGCAAAGAAGGGUCAGAUUGGCUUUCCUGCUGAUAGCGAGAUCGGACGAUGGCGAGACGAGUUGCUACGGGGAGGCGAAGCGGGAGAAGACUCGCUCAUGUGCACAUCCAUGUCUGUUGCAGGCGAUGUAGCGAUCGGAGUCGCUGACGGUGUUGGUGGUUGGACAGAGAACGGCAUUGACCCAUCGCUCUUCUCACAAGCGCUCAUGUUCCAUGCUUCCAAAUCCGCCGCCACUGCCCCUGCAAAUCCGGAGAGUGGUGCUGCUCCCAACCGCAUCCUUGCCGAAGCCUUCGAGAAGGUCCUCAAAGAGCCCCUCGUGGUCGCAGGCAGCGCAACCGCAUGCAUCCUCACCCUCAACUCUAGCAACGGCACUCUUCGCUCAGCCAAUCUCGGUGACUCUGGCUUCGUUAUCCUUCGCCAAGGUACAGGCAAACAAGGCGUCUUUCAUGCAAGUCCUCCUCAGCAACUCGGCUUCAACACUCCAUUACAGCUCGCCAAGCUGCCGCACGAAUGGGUUCAAGAAGGCUCCAUCUCCAACACUCCCAAAGACGCUGCCAGCUGGGAAUGCACAUUGCAACACGGUGAUCUGGUCAUCGUUGGGACUGAUGGCCUGUUCGAUAAUGUCGAUGCGAAGAUUGAGAUUCCGCAGUUCGCCAAGUUCAUCAAGGAAAAGCAUCAUGCUUCAUUCGCGGCGAGGCAGGGCGAGGGCAAGAAGGCAGGAGACAGCUUGGAGGAAGACAAGGAAUUUGUUCAGGUCUUGGCGACAAAUCUGGUGGAGUAUGCAAAGAUCUGUCAGAACUCGACGACAAAGCAGAGUCCAUUUGAGAGGGAGGCGGCUAGGUACGGCAUUCACUUCCCUGGUGGAAAAAUUGACGAUGUUGCGCUGGUCUGCUGUCUUGCUAUUGAGCGAUGA